AUGGCUGAUAUCGAGGAUACUUUUGAAAAUGUCAGCAAUGGGUUUACAAGUAAAUUUGAUGCAACGGUCAAGAUCAAAAAACGACUCAAAGCAACUGAUGAGCCAUUUCACGGCGAUAGUUUUGUGCCAGGCACACGUCGUGUAUAUGUACGUACUUGGGGUUGUGCGCAUAACGCCAGUGAUUCGGAAUAUAUGAGCGGUUUGUUAUUAGCGGCUGGUUAUAAUAUCGUAAGUGAAAAGCAAGAUGCAUCUUUGUGGAUAUUGAAUAGUUGUACAGUUAAAACGCCAUCUGAAGUACAAUUGGAAAACAACGUAAAGGAGGCACAGAAAACUGGGAAAUUAAUAGUAGUGGCAGGAUGUGUUUCUCAGGCAGAGCCGGAUUCUGAGUUCUUGAAAGGAAUUUCUAUCGUUGGUGUUAAGCAAACCGAUCGAAUCGUAGAAGUUGUCGAUGAGACCUUCAAGGGUAACUGUGUUCGAUUGUUAUCCAAACGGCGUCCUCAUCAGAAACUGAGUUUACCAAAAAUGCGAAGAAAUAAUCUCAUUGAGGUUUUGGCUAUCAAUAGUGGUUGCUUGAAUCAUUGUACGUAUUGUAAGACAAAACAAGCGAGAGGCGAUCUCUCAAGUUACCCGCUUGACGAGCUGUUAGAGCAAGCGCGUAGUGCGUUUGCGGACGGUUGCUGUGAACUCUGGCUGACAUCUGAAGAUCUCGGUGCUUGGGGUCGAGAUAUUGGCAUGGUUUUACCGGAUCUGUUAAAUGAACUCGUGAAGAUAAUCCCAGACGGAUGUAUGAUGAGAUUGGGAAUGACGAAUCCACCUUACAUUCUCGAUUUCUUGCAGGAAAUAGCUGAUAUAUUGAAUCAUCCGCGUGUAUAUUCAUUCCUACACAUUCCGGUGCAGUCAGCGAGCGAUGCUGUUCUUAGUGACAUGAAACGUGAAUAUUGUCGUGAUGAGUUUUGUCGAGUCGUCGAUUUCAUGCUGGAAAAUGUUCCGAAUGUUUAUAUAGCGACAGAUUUUAUUUGUGCGUUUCCGAGUGAGACGAUUGAAGACUUUGAAGAGAGCAUGGAAAUGGUACGCAAAUAUCGUUUCCCUUCAUUAUUCAUCAAUCAGUUUUAUCCAAGAAAGGGAACGCCUGCCGCGAGACUCAAAAAAAUCGACACAGUUGAGGCACGCCGAAGGACUGCGUUAAUGUCGUCGUUGUUUCGUUCAUAUUCACGUUAUGGAAAGGAUCGAAUCGGUAUGGAAUAUGAUGUUUUGGUUGCUGAAUGGGCUACUGACAAGCAUCAUUUUGUUGCGCACAAUAAAUCUUAUGAGCAUUUUUUACUACCUUCGGAUGACAAAUCAAUUUUGGGUAGAGUGCUUAAAGUGCGAGUAACCGGUGUAUCGAAGUUCCAUAUGAACGCUGAGAUCGUGACGAAAGAGCAUGGCACGGAAAAGGACAUUAAUGAAAACAUUAUAUCCUUAAAAUCAGCAGGCUCAUUCAGAGUUCAUCUGCAGCAUGCAUCAGAUGGAUGCUUGUGGUUCCUUAAAAAUGCCACAAAUGCUAAUGGGAUAUCCCUUUUAGUAUCGGUUUUUAUUGGCCUCUUAUUCUAUGUAUUGUUUAAUGUUCGUUAA